AUGAUGCUAAGAUCAAUUGCUCGAAGAUCGGCCGCUAGAAGCUUGCCCAACAAAUUUGUGAGACCUUUCUCGCAGUCACUGCUAGCGUUGAAUGUAAAAAGUUCUAAGAAUGAGGGUGAAUUCACGCAUUUUGGUUCCAAGACAGUGGCUAAGGAUGAGAAGGAGAAACUGGUUGGUAAUGUGUUUUCAUCGGUUGCUUCCAAAUACGAUGUAAUGAACGAUGUGAUGUCGCUUGGUAUUCAUAGAUUAUGGAAGGAUCAUUUUAUUAACAAAUUAGAUGCUGGUAAAAGACCCAAUUCCACAGAACCAUUGAACUUUAUUGACGUUGCAGGUGGUUCUGGUGAUAUCGCUUUUGGUAUUCUGGAUCAUGCUGAGCAUAAAUUUGGCGAUACGGAGUCCACUAUGCACAUAGUUGAUAUCAAUCCAGAUAUGCUGAAAGAAGGUGAAAAGAGAGCUAUGGAACAACACAAGUAUUACAAUGAUCCAAGAGUCACUUUCUUGGUUCAAAAUGGUGAAACUCUUGACCAGAUAGAGUCUAAUUCCAAGGAUGUGUAUACUGUCUCGUUCGGUAUCAGGAAUUUUACCGAUAUUCAGGCGGGUUUGAACACCGCUUACAGAGUUUUGAAACCUGGUGGUCUUUUCUACUGCUUGGAGUUUUCUAACAUUGAAAAUCCUUUGAUGGACACAGUUUAUCAACAGUGGGCGAAGGUUCUACCCGUCAUGGGCUCAAUGAUCGCUAAUGAUUACGAUUCUUACCAGUAUCUGGUCGAAUCGAUUGAGCGAUUCCCAGAGAAGGAAACUUUCAAAGGUAUGAUUGAGAAGGCAGGUUUCCAAUCUGCAGGUUACGAGAGCCUAACAUUUGGUAUAUGCGCAAUUCAUUGGGGUGUGAAGGUCUGA